AUGGAGCACUAUAAAACUUCGGAGCGGUUUUAUCACAGUUCUUUAUUCAGCAUCGGCAGUCUGUGGAGGCGAGUGGGUUUGAUGGAUGAACAGGAGUCUCUUUCCCCGUUCCAGAAACUAGGAGACGCACAUCAAGAGAAAUACAGUCCAGAGAUAAUAUUUGACUCUAAGAUGGACAGCAAAAUCCCAAAACGGCACACUGAAGAACAGACCAACCAGGGGACUUUAACUGGGAAUGGAGAAUUGAGAAAAGGAGAUUCAAAGAUACACGGGGGCGCAGCAGUAAGCGUUGAACCUAAGAAACCUCCUUUCAGUUAUAACGCUCUCAUCAUGAUGGCGAUCCGUCAAAGUCCCAAACGACGGCUUACACUCAACGGGAUCUAUGAGUUUAUUAUGUACAACUUCCCAUACUAUAGACAAAAAAGACAAGGCUGGCAGAAUUCAAUCAGGCAUAACCUGAGUCUAAAUAAGUGUUUCGUUAAAGUGCCGCGCCACUAUGACGACCCAGGUAAAGGCAACUACUGGAUGCUGGACCCCUGCAGCGAGGACGUCUUCAUAGGGGGCACAUCAGGUAAACUCCGGCGCAGGACCACAGUUGGCUCCAGAGCGAGGAUUGCACUUAAAAGAGGAGAGGGUAAUCUUUUAUCCUCCAGCUCUGCAACUGGAAUGACCUUCACCUCAGCAGGUUCAUUUUACUGGCCGGUGCCGCCGUUUCUGCCUCUCCCAACACCAGUGCGCACACAUUCUGGAACAAAGGCUUACCUGAGCGCUCACUCACGCCUCCAUAACACCGCCACAUCGGUAGUUCCACAACGACCACGCUUAAGUGAAACAAGUGCUGCAGCCGCUGACCGGUUCGUGCAGAUGCACCAGCAGAUGUCCUACAUCGGAGUCAGCUGCACGCAGUCUCGUCGCCAUCAGACCGGCACUGCCUGUACCGCUUUCUCCGCAUCUAUCCCUGCACGCAACCUGCCGCUGACCGAUCAAAGCUCCUUUGGUCUGAUUUCCGGAAAAGCCAGCUACUUGUACUCUCGCCAAAUCCCAUGUACCAGCACGUUUGGUCCGUGCCAAGAUGAGUAUACUCACAACCACUACGCCAACCAAAACGCCACAACCAGGACGUCACCAGGACAAUUCCUAUCCAACAACAGUCUGUUGGAGCCCGUGGGGUGCUGUUACCAAAUGCCAUAUUGCUGCCCUCAGGUCAGGUCAGGCUCUGAUCGAGAUGGAAUUUAG